AUGUUUAUGAUUAUGGAUGAUAAAAUUAGAAAAAAUUUCACAAUUCCAAAAACAUUUGUUGCAGAAAAAGAUUAUUUGAUUCCCGACAAUAAAACAAGUCGAAAUACAAUUGAUUUAUUCAAUGAUAUUAGCUCAUCUUAUCUAGAUCAAUCAUUUGAUUUGAAAAAAAAUGAAAUUGAAAAUAUUUAUUUUUUUCGAAAUCCACAAUUAAACAAACAUUUUACUGAAAAAAAAGCAAGUUUUGACAAAAAUUAUAAAGAAAAGUUUGUUUUUCAAAUACUACCGACGCUAGAUGUCGCACGAAGCAUCGCAUCUAAUGGUAUACGUUGUGAUCAAUUGUCGCUGUUUGUCAAUGACAGAUUAGGUCAAUCGUCACAAGGUGUACAUGUUCUUCGUCAUGCUGAUAUUGCGUUAACUGUAACUGGUUCACAAAAACUAUUUCAAUUUGGCUUACUUAUUUGCAAAGUUGUAUUAUCAAAAGGUUAUUGUACAAUUCCGGAUGUUAAAAAUGCUACAUUAGCUUGUCAACCAAACUAUGAUUAUCAUUAUGGUAAAAGAAAUCCAUCGAAAGAAGAAAGUUGGAAAGAAAAAUAUGCUCAUUCACUAUUAUAUGUUUGUGAAUACAAUUUGACAACCAUGACACACACCCUACAACCACCACAAAUUCUUCCAAUCGCUUGUUUAUGGUAUCAAUUGAAUGAAUCCUUUUUUUGUGAAUUCUCAACUAUCAAGAUUCCACGAUUAAUUCGGGGUUCAUCAUUAAAAAUUGCUCGUACUGCUCAUAAGAAAAUCGCCAGACAUUUUGUAAAUAAAUCGUCCAUAUCAAAUCAAGAGAAAUCAACUAAUAAUGAAACAUCACCCAUUCAGUCCGUAAUUACAAAUCGUACAACACUAUCUGAGAAUAUUAGUAACGGUCGGCGAGAUGUGAUUACAAUCGUUGCUGAAACACAUUCAUCAAAGCAACAACAAACAGUUGUCAAUCAAAGCAAUCCGUUAAAAAAUAUAACAUCUAUAAUACCAAAUUUAACAACAGCAAAUUCAACCGUCGCAACGCCAAUAGUAAUAAAAAAAACACCUGAUAUGUUUUUGAAAUUAGGUUCAUCAUUAAAUCGUUCAAUGAGUAGUUCAGCGAAUCAUCCAUUAAUGAAACAACAAAAUGUUAUGUCACAUUCUUAUAAUGAUGUUAAUGAUGCACUUCAAAAUAACUAUUCUUCAUUAAACUCUAAUGUAAAUAGUAAUAAUACUGAUGUAACAUAUUCUUUAUUUACUCCAGUAUCCUCAGAUUUUUUAACGUCAGAUAAACAAUCUUCGUCAUUCAGUGUUAAUGAGAAACCUCCAUUUCUUCCACCUAAUUUACGUGAUCCACGAAUUCGGCGCGCUAUAACUACAACAAAAAAGCCUUUGUCAUCGUCUUCUACAUUGAAUACCAACGAUUUGAAUUGUAACACAUUAUCAAUUUCACCUGACACAAUUAGUUCACCAUCACCGUCAAUAACUCCAACUGAAGUAACCAAGCAAAUUGUUACAGCAACAGUAACUGUACCGAAAAAAACAAUUUCGAUUAAAUCAUUGUCAAAUGAACAACUUCAUCAUAAGUCUAAAACGAACAGUGUUGUUCAACAGCAACAACAAAUAAUUCGUCAAAAUGACACAUCUCCCACCACACCUGUUACACCUACGACCAUAACAAAUGAUGAUACAGUUUUAAAACAACGUGAUCCUAAUCCAUUGUUUGCCUCGAUAACAUCUUUAGAUGUACCACUAGAAAUGAAUAUAUCAGUUUCUGAUCCACGUUUACAGUCAAAUCGAAAAAAAGUUAUUUAUUGUUUAGAACCACAUGCCGUAAAACAUGCUAUUCAACAGCAACGACGAGUCAGCCUUUAUAAUGCCAAUGCUACAAAUGGUAAUACAAAGUCAGUUUAUCAUCUGAUACCAUUCUUAAUUAAACAAAUAUCAUUCGAUGAAAAUGAAAAUGAAAAUUCAAAUAUAAUAUUAUCGACAACAUCAUCGCUAAUAUCCACUAAACAACGUAAUAGAAAAAAUGAUGGUCUACUAUCUUGUUUACCAACGUCAGCGUCACCCGCUUCGCCAGAAAAACUAGUUGACAAAUGUUAUCCAUUACGCGUGGUUGUUCAAGAUGUAAUAAAUUUUAAUUUUGAUUUUACUAGCAGCAAUGAAAAUUAUAUUGAUUUGAAUAAUGAAACAAAUCAGAAUGCUAUGCGUCUAGUCACAAAUUUUAAUGACAAAAUACAACAAAAUCGAGAAAAAAAUGCCUUAAGACAACGAUUAAAACAAUCAUUGAAAAAGAAACGAGUGCGUAAGAGAAAAACAAAAGUUCAUGUACCGAGUGAACAAUUUGUAGAAAAUGAAAACAAAAAUUUGACCGUAGAACAGCAACAACUUGAAUCAACUAAAAUUGUGGAAAAUGAAGAAAUGUUCACUCCAACAACGAUUACAGUAUCAGAAACAACAGAAAAAAAUCAAAUACCACCAUCACAAUCUAAUGGUAAUAGCAAUUCUGAAGCAAUAGUCAAAGAUACUAGUCGUUCGCAUUAUAUUAAUGGUCUUGAAAUCUUGAAAAAGCAUCGUCGUCAAAAUAUUCAUAUAAAUAUUCCACAAAGUGUUUCUGAUUUUCUAUCCAAAGAAUAUUGUGAGGAAAAACGGCCAUAUGUCAAACGAUUAUUAGCUCGAUUAAUGGGAAUACUUGAUGAAAAAUACGGUCGAACAGCAUCGAACAAUGAAAUUAUAUUACAAAAUGAUAAUCGCAAUCACACAACGAGAGAGAAUAAUGGUUCAGAACAAAUUUUAAACAAUACGACAAUGGUUGACAAUUCAGAUGUAAUUGAUAUGGAAUUAUCGUGUGAAGAUGAUGUCAGACUUGACGAUUGUGAUGAACGUUUUCCACUAAACUCUAGGAAAAUUCAAAAUCCCACUCAUAGUUCAAUAUCGUUUUCAGAUAAUCACAAUAAAAACGAUAGUUCUACUCAAUCUCAACAGUUAUCGCAAACACACCAGAAUACUCAUGAUUUUAAGAAUCCCGUAUUUGAUGAGCGUAUGAAAGAAAUUAUAGAUGGUUUGCGAUCGAUGCAUCAACCUCUCACUCAACAAUUAUCUAGCCAACAAGUAAAUAUUGAAACAACAUCCAUACCUGAACAACAACAAUCAAAAACAGCGGAUGACUUAGUGAGUGCAUUUCUCAUUGAAAGCAGUAGCGAAAAUAGUACACCGAAUAGUAGUCGAAAGCAAAGUUCGAGUGAAAUUAAUAAUCAUAUAUUACAAUAUCAACAACCGAGUAACGAUGCUCUUCUUGAUAUAAUAUCAAAAAUUCCCCAGAAACCAAUUGAAACACACAAGGAAAUGACAAAAAAUGAUUCAACCAAACACAACACACUUGCUGUUAUACUCGAAACCUUUACAAAACCUGAUUCCAAAUUAAACAGUUUGUCUACUCAAAAAUUAAUAUCCUCAAAACCUGUAGAUAAUGUUUCAUUUCGUAAUCAAUCAUCAGAAAGUCGAAGUUUAACACGUGUGAGAACAUAUUCAUCAUCGACAUCGACAUCGACAGACUCUUCGAGCAGUAGCACCAACUCAUCUUCCACAUCGUCUUCUUCAUCACCUCGUCAUCGUCGAUCAAAGCGAAAUAAUCAAAGCAGAAGUACACGAACUCCAUCUCCUCGUCGUCGUUCGUUAAAACGAGCACCUCUUGUUGUUUCGUCACCACCAAAAACUGCCAGUCGUCUUGACUUUUACAACAGACAUGAUAGACCAUCGCAGCCGAUAAAAACAUUGGCAUCUCAGCGGACUGUUACGCCUUUAAAACCACUGAUGAAAUUACCUUUAUCACCGUCGACAAAUCGUCAUCGUCCGUCUGUUUCCUCCUCAUCUCAGCAGCCCAUAAUACCAGCACCGCUUACAUCUGUAGUACCAACUCCAAUUCCCUCUCGUUCAAUGAAUAUAAAUUUAUCACAUAUUAUUUCAGAUAAUUCACCAUCAGUAAUACCCCAAUAUUCAACUACGACAAAUCCCUAUAGUAGUGGACUUGAAUUUCGAAGACGAAUCGAAUCCUAUGACGAUAUAAUUGAUAAUGAUGCUAAUAAAAAUGAUGAUUUCGGUUUAACAGUCGAUUAUAAAAAGAAAACAACUAAAAUAUCCAAGAAACGACAACUUGAACAGUCAAAGAGUUUAGAAGAUGAACAAGAAGCAGUAGACGAAAACAAAGAUGAAGCUGAAAUAAAUAGUCCAACAACAACAACAACAACAACAACAACAAUUAAUGAUACAGAACCAAUUGUGAAAAGAAUUAAAGUGGGUAAUUUUGACGUUACUGAACAAAAACAAGACCAACAACAAGAACAACAACAGCCAGAUUCUACUCUAGAUGAGUCAGACAUCACUGAUGUACAUAAUGAUCAAACAGGAACAAUCAAUAGUAAGGAUAUUAAUGAGAAAGAGAGUAUGAUAAAUGAAAAUGACAAAAUUAAUGAUGACGGACUUCAGUGUUCCUCUGACACUAUUGUGCUCAGUCAAUUACAGAACGACAAUAUUCUUAAUGAUAUUGAUGGUGAUGUACGAGAUAGAGACUAUCGUUUUGAUUUUGACGAUGGGGCAACAUCAAAUCAGCAAUCACAAUUAGACAGUAUUAAAACUCCAACAGAAAAUACGAGUAUUGAUCAACAAAAUGAUCUUGAUGAACGAUUAGACUCUAUCAAUAAUAGUACUAUUGAUAAUGAAAAAGAAAAUGUUAGUGAUUCAAACAGUAGAAGACGCACAAAAUCACGUUCUCAUAGUCAGAGAUCUACUUCAAUUAAAGAUGAGAAAAUAGAUUCAUCACGUUUAUCGUCUACGAGUUCACGUAAUUCAUCUAAAAAUAGUUUUUAUCGUAAUAACAAUCGUCGAAAUUCAAAAAGUCCAACUCAUCAUCAUUCAUCAUCAUAUCAUCGUCAUGACUCUUACACACAUCACCACAGUCCGCAUUCACGUAGUCGAAGUAGUCAAAAAACAAAUUCUUCUAAUUGUUAUCAUCGUCGAUCAACUUCUCGCUCGACACGAUCGUCACGAUCACGUAGUCGUGAUAAAAACCGUAAUAAUGAAUCAUCUCGUCAUUAUGGUGGUCGUUAUUAUCAUACAUCAACGUCCGAUAAAAAAACGACUUCUCACAAUCGUAGUCAUCCAUCGAGAAGGCGACAGCGAACAAAUGCAAAACAUCCACAAGAUAAUCGACGACCACAAAGAGAUCGAAAAAGAAGUCUAAGUUAUGAACGUCAACAUCGGCAUUUUAGACCACUUUCCAAAUCACCACAAGAUCAAGAAAUCCAUUCAUCUUCAUCGUCAUUAUUACCACCUCCGUUAAUGAAAACCGUUUUUAAUAAUAAUGAAAUUCAACCAUCAGUUGAGCAUGAAUUAAAUCGUCCAUGGAUGAAUGGAAGUAUUCAAAAUGAUAAAAAUAUUCAAACGAGAGGUCCACACAGAUUAUUUAAUUACAAUCAUCAACGAAUGAUUAAUCAUCCUAUAAUGAAUAAUCGCUAUAAUGAUAUUCAACAUGAUUAUUAUAAUAAAAUGGAUGUAGUGCCAUCAUCACCCUAUCCACCGCAUCAUUCAUCACAAUCAACACAUGAUAUUUUAAAUGAUAAUCAACAUUUACAUAGAUCAAGAAGUAUAUCACCCACACAUUCAUCUGGAAGAUUGAGAAUUAAUUGUUCAUUUCCAGAACGAAAUUCACUGCAUACACAUGAUUAUGAAUCUAUAUGGAAUAGUAACUCCUACGGGCAUGAUCUCACAACACUUGGUCCUACUAAUUCAUUGAUUGUACCGUCUUAUACUGAACAAUUGUCUCCCUUUGAACGUCAAAUUCGAUUUGUGCCUCAUUCAACAUCCACCCUGCCACAUCCUCCAAAAUUAUUAAUAGAUACCGAAAUAACAAGCAUUGGGUCUUCUCCCUCCUGCUUCUCAAUUCCGACACAUUUUGAUACUUAUCUAAGGUCUUCCUAUGCUGUUAGGGAAAAUCGACAACAGUCAAGUGAAAACAAUCCAGUUGAUUUAAUAACAGAUUCGACCAUAGAAUUAAUUCCAAGUAUUAGUAGUGAUAAGCAUUUGAAUGAAUCCAAAAAUAUAGAUCCGUUGAUACGGGAACAACAUAUUGGAGAUGAUAUUCAAAAUAAAACUGAUACACUAUUGUUGAACAAUGAAAAAGAUAUUGAUACAACAAAUCUAAGUCCAACUCAUCGAACAUCAGCAAUAGCACGGUAUCGUACAACAGGACUUCUUCCAUCUCCGCCACCACAACCCCUUCUUCCAACUCCUGCAUCAUUAACUUCAUCAAAUCAUUACAGUUAUCGUCGUACAUUUCCAGUACAAUCAUCUUCUUCUCGAUUUACUACUCAUGAAGAACUGACUACUAAUAAACAACAAUCGACUGCGCAACACUCAACUAGACUUGGUACCGUGCAACAGAUUCAACAAUUACUGAGUACAUCUAAUGCUAGACAAAUACUACAUACAACUAUACUGCAACAAAUUGCUGGCACAAGGCAACAUGCUCCAACAACGAUUUUAAAUAGUUUACUUCAAGGAAAACAGCAACAGACGACUAGUAAUAACGUGACCUCUACUAGUAGAAGACUGCUUACAAAUACAUCAUCGUCGACGUCAUCAUCAACUACGACAUCUUCAACAUCGGCUCGUUCAUUAAGCGAUCAUGAUGCCGAACAACUUUUAUUAUUGCUACAAAGACUUCGUUCAUAA